AUGACCCGCACCGGCGGUGCCGGGGGUGGCGGCGGUGCCGCAUCCGAGAUCGCGAUCAAGUCCCUCGCCACUUCACAGACCUCCGGCGUGGAUGGGACGAUCAACUCCACCGCGGCAGGCUUGAACGACUUACAAAUUGAGCACUUAGCCGAUAAGUGUGACUCCCCGAGGCACUUCAAACAGGAGGAAUGUGGAUCCCCUGUAGGCAUCGGGCGAUGGCAAGCCGAGCACAGCUUGAAUCCUGGGGAGCCGGGCAUGAGCUCCGGCUCCGGUGCGGGGAAAAACCUGGGAAUAUCUGACCAGACACAAGAUGAGAGGCAGAAGAUUGUGUCUGAAUUUCAGCAACUGUGGCAGUUCCUGGAGGAACAAGAGCAACUCCUGCUGGCCCAGCUGGAGAAGCUGGACAGGAAGGUUGUAAAGAUACAGAAUGACAAUGCCAGUAAACUCUCUGAGGAGAUUUCCCGCCUCAGUGAGCUGAUCAGUGAGCUGGAGGGGAAGGGUCAGAAGCCAGCGAGUGAACUCCUGCAGGACUUCAGAAGCACCGUGAGCGGGUGUGAGGCGGGGAAGUUCCAGCAGCCCAUGGAGAUUUCUCUGGAGCUACAGAAGAGACUCAGUGAUUUCUCCCAAGAAAAUAUUGUUUUAAUGGAGACUUUGAGGAAAUUCAAAGACACUCUGCUAUCUGAACCAGAGACAGGAGCACACAGACAGGUGACGGUGACUCUGGAUCCAGACACGGCUCAUCCCCAGCUCGCCCUGUCUGAGGAUCGGAGACAUGUGAGAUGGGGACACGCCCGGCAGGAUCUGCCCGACAACCCUGAGCGAUUUGACACUGAGCUCUGUGUGCUGGGCUGUGAGGGAUUCACCCUGGGGAGACAUUGCUGGGGGGUGGAGGUGGGGGAUGGGGAAUGCUGGGCUGUGGGGGUGGCCAGAGAGUCUGUGAGGAGGAAGGGCUGGAUCGGUCAUAACCCUGAGGGGGGGAUCUGGGCUGUGCAGUGGUGGGGGUGUCAGUUCCAGGCUCUCACCUUCCCUGAGACCCCCCUGCCCCUGAGCCGGGUCCCCAGAAGGAUCCGGGUUUCUCUGGACUGUGAAUGGGGGCAGGUGGCAUUUUUUGAUGCUGAUAACGAGGCCCCGAUCUUCACUUUCCUGCCAGCCUCUUUCACCGGGCAGCGAAUCCGUCCCUGGUUCUGGGUCUGGACAGGAUCCUGGCUCAGACAGUGUUGCUGAGACAUGGGGGGGAUAUCGCCCUGGAGUCUCACACACCCUUGUCUUUGUGACAUUGGAAGUUUCCUGUUUCCUUCAGGCUUUCUGCCAUGCAGUGCCCACGACCCUGGCGGCCCUGCUAGGUGUCUGCCCUGCCAAAGUAUGGAAAACAGGGGGUGGCUUCUCUACCUCCGCCAAUCUCAUCCACCCAAGGCUUUUGCCGCCGUAUGUCACUGUCCUCUGGCACAGGAGGACUCUGGGAAUUCUGGCUCAGACAGUGCUACUGAGACAUGGUGGGAAUAGGCCAAUGGGCAUGAAAAAAUGGGUGUCUCUAAUCACAGUCAUCCUAGUCUGUGAUACUGGAGGCCUCUCAUCUACCUAGCCUCUGGCUCAUCUUCAUGACCUUGGAGGACACCUGUCUACCCAACCCCAAUAUCUAAUCUCUAUGACACUCCCCCUCCCUCCCUGCAGCCCCAGGGAUGGGAAGGGCUGGGGGGGGGUGAAUAACUCCUGGAGCUGCUGCAGGUGCAUAGGGUUCCUGAGGGGCAUGUGUGGGGCUGCAGGAU